UUUUCAAUCAUCUGCCAUGGAGGUGGAAUGCGAUUUGGGUGAUAUACAAAAUGAGGAAUUGCUGAGGAAAAUGUGGCAGCAGUCCGAGGACAGUGAACGCAAGAAGCAGAUCCGAUCGCAUCUCUAUAAGCUGCGCGAGUCGCGACUUUGCAACCUCUAUAGACACGAAACAGACCCAAUGUCGGAGCCCAACGGAAACGGAAACGGACAUGGCAACGUGAACACGCUGGCCGGAUACGCAGGCAAGGAUCCGUUGGCCACCAGCCACGGGGAUGCCCUGCUGGACCAGAACUUCCAGAGCCUCAAGUCGAAGGAGGUUCGCGAUUCGACCAGUCCCACGCACGAGCUGCGAUUCCACUCGAUGACGCUCAGCCAGCCCAAUACAACCGGAUGGGAUGUGCAGACCUCCUCGGAGGUCAGUCCCGAUGGACGGGCCUAUCGCACCGAAACUCUCGCCAAAACAGAUGGCGUGGAGAAGCUCAAUGGUGGUGGCCUGGCCGAGUUCAAAGGUCGCAACGAGCAGCGCUCGAGUGCCUCGCACCAGGGCGAUGACAAGAACUUUGUGAAGCAGGCGUCGGAUAGCUCGAAGACCCAACUCCAAGAGACGGUGGUCUUUGGGGACGAGACCAGCGGUCGCACCGAGAUGAAGAUGAGCUCCACCUCCACCUCGUCCUCCUCCAAGGUGGUGUCCUCUUCGUCCACCGUGGAAUACGGUGAUGACCCGCGAUAUCUGCUGGAUAGCCAGGAGAAGAAACCUCAGCAGUCGCAGCACCAACGGGAUUGGGAGCAGGAUCAGAGGCGUCAGGAGCAGCGCAUCCAGGAGCAAAUGCAGCGACAGGAACAGCUGAUCCGCCAGGAGCAGCUGCAGCGUCAGGAGGAAUUCCAACGACAGGAGCAAAUCCAACGCCAGGAGCAAAUCCAGCGCCAGGAGGAACGAUUCUCGGAGAGCCGCGAGCAGAGCAACAGCACCCGAAAUGUCCAGACCCAGCAGCAUUACGAGGAGAACAAGCGCUAUGUGGAUAUGGACAAGGCCUCGCCGGAAUAUCAACGCCAUGUCCAACACCUGAUGGAGCAGCCCGGCGAGAUUAUCUCCAAUACGGUGGAGUAUCCCAAGCCGAAUGUCAAGAUGAUCACCACCGUUAAGCGUCUGCCGGACGGAACCAUUGUCAAAAAUAAACGCUACGAGACGGAGCAGCUUACUCCCAGCCAGGGUCAGACAACCCACAAGCAGACCAACAACCAAACCCACAACCAGACCCACAAUCAAACGCGCAAUCAAACCCACAACCAGCGACGUGCACAGGAUGUGCAGGAUAGUCAAGUGCGCGAUGUGGUGGACAAUGUGGAGCAGAAGCAUGUGACGGAGUCGCAGAGCUUCUCCUCGGUGAAGAAGUCCAGCCGUCGUUUCUCCACGGAGACCACUUCGGAAACCGUCGAGGAGUACGAUGAUCGUGGCCAACCCUUGUCCAGGGUGGUGCAGAAGGCACCGGCCCCCACACCCUCAUAUGCCCAGUCGCCGCCACACUCUCCACGUCAGUCACCGGCCAGUGACUUCAGUACCCACGGUUUCCCCUCGGUCCGUCCGAAUAAGCCCACCCAGGAGUAUGCCUCUCAGAGACCAGCCGCCGCUGGCGAAGAGGUGGUGGUGGUGCGUUCGGAGAAGAGCCGCCAGGUGAAACAGCAGACCAGUUCACAGCGCACCACCGAAACGGAGGUGCUGGGUGAUGAUUAUCAGCAGCCCCAGAGGUCUCCACAGAAGCUGAGGGAGGCGCCAUCACCUAGCUGGGAACAGCCCAGCACCCCGAGGCGUCAGCAGGUGGAUGAGGAUUUCAGCACCCAUGGUUUUCCCUCGGUGCGAACGACCAUCAACACCACAACAACUCGUCCUGAUCAACCCGACGGCGAGGUCUUGCACACUUCCAAGACGGUGAGUCGCAAUCAGAGCGCCAAUCGCAAGACGAACACGGAACGGAUCAUUGAGACGCAGGUGGAGCAUCCGCAUGCCCACUCCACUCCCAGAUCGGGAAGUCCGCGUCGAUCUCAGCCACGUGAGGAUUACGGAAGCCAGGGUGUGUCCUCGCCUCGUGGGCCAGCCGGCAAACCGAGUCACUCACGUCCCAGCACCACUGGAGGUAGCACAACCUCCAAGACCACCACCACCACCACUUCGGAGCCAUUGACGCGGCGUCAGUUGCAAAAAGAGCGCGAGGUGGAUGCCGCCCAUCGGGCUUUUGCCGCCUCGCUACGAAGCAGUUCGCCGGCGGACAGCACCACCUCGGUGGGCUCACACCACCAGACGCCGCGUUCGAGCGUCUCCUCGAAUCGUACCUUCCGCCGGGAGAUGCGUGAGGGAUCGCAUGACAGCCAGGCGCCAUCGGAAUCGAGCAGGAUUAGCUCGACCACUGUGACCAGACAUACGGGUGGCACCACCAGCAGCAGCAGCACCACCAAGACCAAGACCACCAGGCCGGUGAAGAGUCCCAGUGAGCCGAGGUCGCCCACGCCGAAAACAGGAGGAAAUGUGAUCACUACCACGACCACAACCACUAGCAGCACCAUCAAGUCCAGUCCCAGUCCAGCACCAACUUCACCCACUUCAGCACCAGCCAGUUCCGCACCACCAGAUAACAAGCUAUCACAGUAUACGUAUACUACCACUAAGCCCGGCGAUAUAUUCUCUCUGCCACCAACUACUCCUCCUACUAUUAACAACGAACCAACACUAACCUCCACCACCACCAAAACAACAACAACAACCACCACCUCCAACAACCAGAACCACCCGAAAAAAUCUGCAAACGAAACCGCUACCGCUACCGAUACCGCUACCGAUACCGCUACUGAUACCGAUACCGAUUCCCAGCCGAUCCGCAAGGUGAAGCUGAGCGCUAAUGAGGCAAUGGUGGUGGAAGAGGCACCCUGUGUGCGGCGUCAAUAUUACCAACUGGGAAACGAGGGGGAAAACCCCGAGACGAACGAGAGCUCAGGGACCCCUGCCGGCCAGAAACCCCAAACAAAGAGGAGGCCCCACGACGAACCGGAGCAUCAGCCUCAGCUGAGGCGUAGCUCCAAGUCGCCCAGUGUGGAGCCACGUCCGGUGCAGCGGGAAAUGACUUUCGAGGGUCGACGCAUCUCCCAGCCGGAGGAUCAGCUCUCGAUCGACGAGCUAAUCCUCAUCGAACAGAUGAGCGGAGCUCCGGGCUUGCCCACGCGGCCUGAGAAGCCAUCAGCUAGGGAUCAGAGUCCGCAGAAACCAUCACCUAGGGCUCAGAGUCCUGGAAAACCAUCAGCUAGGGCUCAGAGUCCCGAGAAGGGUCCUGGAUUGCCACAACCUAGGGCAACUCCCAGACAAAGUCCUGAAAAGGAGCAGCCAACCUUUAAGCAACCGGGUGAGGUAACGACUCCUAGCCAGUUUGAAAAGCAUUUGCCCCAGGGAAGUCCUGGGAAGACUCCUGGGUGGACUCAGCCCCAAGUUUCACCACGACAAAGUCCCGAAAAGCAGUUGCCUCAAGCGCAAAGUUCCGAGAAGGCUCCUGGUGUUGGCCAGCCCAGUGUUUCUCCACGUCAGACUCCCGAGAAGCAUAUACCCCGACUUACCCGUGUUUCACCCCGGGAAAGUCCUGAGAAGCAAUUGCCCCAGGAGAUUCCGGUGAAAUCCCGUCAAAGUCCGGAAAAGGAACUCUCCAGCCAACAGAAACGAGAGGAGGAGAUGUUCCGUAGCACCAUUACCACUACACAAAAACGAACAACCAACAAUUUAAACGAAGAAUUCAUAACGAACGAACGAGACACUCAGAAUCAGCCGAUCUAUGAAAAGAAACCGCAGACCACCGCAGGUAAAGAUGAACCGAUGCAAAAGAAGCCGCAGGAAACCAUUGAGAGUCCAGAUGGUGGAUUUAUCUCUAAAGCAACUGAAGUUGAGACCCAGCCCGAAGAAAAAGAGGCUCCUACUUAUCGCAAGAAGGGUUUGACUCGUCGUGAGACCUUCGAAGAUCGAUGCCGGCAAAUUUUGGGCAUGGAAGAAGAUGGCGAUACUCAGGGAACUUAUACUCAGCGCCCGAAUGACGAUCAGGAAACUGAGAAUGUUACACACACAACCAUAGAGACCAUCGAAGUAAAAAUUGAAGAUUGCCCUGAUGAUGAUGACGAUGAUACGCCCCGUCGCGUGACUGAGACAUUUGUGGUGCGUACACAACCGAAAAUAAAAGUGGAGGAGGAACUUCUCGUCGAUAUUACAGAGCCAGAGGGUGUGGAGAUUCUCACGACUCCCUCCAAAAAGGUACCCAAGGAAGGCGAUGGCCCUAAACAUCCAAAGGCGCAGGAGAUUCCUAGGAUUCCCAAGAAGGAGCAAGAGAUUCCUAGGAAUCCCAACAAGGAACAAGAAAUUCCCAGGACUCCAAAGAAGGAGCACACUCCUUCUUAUGUGAAUGAAGGAGAAACCCCCAGACAUCCCAAGGACCUAGAUAAGCCCAUGCACCCAAGGGAGCAAAACAGUCCUAGAUAUCCGACGGAUCCAGAAAAUGUUGGGUAUCCCAAGGAGAGCCCCAGGAAUCCCAAAGAGGAUGCCGAAACGAUUAACAUCAAUGAAGAAGCCACCAUUGUCAUAAGCAAACAAGGUUUCAAAUCUCCAACCUGGUCACCUUCUACCAAACGUAGGGCUCCAGAGAAGUCGCCUUCCCCUACUGCAUCACCAUCCCUGUCUCCUGCUUUUGGGAGAAAAACUCCAACCAAGCUAGAGUCGAGCUUUGUGACCGAGAAAAUAAUCGAUUGUCAAGAAAAAACUAUGGUUGAGAAAAUCAGGCAGAGGCCUCGAACUCCAAGUCCUACUACACCCAAAAAGGGCACGAAGCCAACCGAAAAGCUGCCUGAAAAGGAAACCGAAACCGAACCGGAACCCGAAAAGGAUUCUGAGCCCGAAACGAAGACAAAGACGACCGGUGUGUCCGUUACAAAAACUGAAACCGAACGCCGAAAUUCGCGCACCACUAAAACAAAGCAAACUGUAGCGUCCAAGGAGCCACAAUCCAAGCUUCCCGCUGCGAAGAGUCCUCGCAAGGAUUCGCUGACGGGUCGCAAGAGGGACAGUUUGGUGGAGGAGACACGAACUACCACAACUGCCACAACAGUUCGGCAGGUUCGUAAGCCCAACGACAUUAAUGGUUCACCCUCCAUUAAGGACCGUCUUCGUUCUUCGCCGCGCAAGCAAAAAACAUCUCCCCAGCAGACCCGAACACCCACUCCGGCACAAUCACGAAACCCAGAAGACGACGUCGAUGGAGACUCCACAUCUCCAGAUGCCAGUCCGUCGAGGGUUAGUAACGAACGUCGUCGUUCUAGCAAUAUUUCCGUGCACACGGAGAUCAUCAUAGAUCAUACGGCACCAAAAUCCCCGAGAACGGAAAGGCGACCUCAAAAUACCACUAAUAGCGCUCCCAGCCCAAUAAGAAAACUUCCAGUAACGGAGCGCAAGGAAUCGGCUCCCGUGCCACGAGUAACUCGACGCGAUAAAACCGAGAAGGUCACGCGCUCAACCAGCGAGAAUAUCAUUAAGAUGGGCGGUACUAAGCCUCAUCCCGAGAUGAGUAGCCUGAAGCCAGGUGGAGAAAGAACUCGACCCAGUAAAUGCUGCACUACCAAGACGAUCAAUUUGAGCGAGCAGCGAAUCAAUACAGCCACUGAUAUAGAGGGUGUGAUCAUUGACAUUCAACAGGCGAAGAGCUCUAGGGAACCAUCUCCGGAUAGGAUUAUACCAACGCCCGUGCCCGCUGAAGUGGAAACGGGAAAGCCACGUUAUCCGGAUGUGGUGCAGGAGCCCGAUGAUGAGCCCCGUCGCAAGCCACAGGUCACAAAUAUACCCAUUUUCGAGGAGGAAUCUCAAACCUAUGUGGGUUGUCAGAUCUCGGAGUUGCGGAGCUCAAAUGGGUUAGAGGUGGAUAUCCUGGACAAUCCCACAGUCGAGGCUCCCAAGAGCCUGGACUAUCCCGUUAAUACUCCCGAUACGGAUGAAAGUCUAUUGAGUGUGCACGAGAAGGUCUCCCGAUUCAUUCACACCGCCGAAAAGGUAAAGCAACCGCGAGCUUCUGCCCCAUUUAGCAGGGAGUUUGAUACGCACGCCAAGAUUCCUGAAAACGAUGAAUGCCUGCUAAGCAUUAACCAGAAGGUAGACAAGUUCCUGCGCACUGCCGAGAACGUAAUCAGGCCUUCUUCGCUAUCACCUCGACCGGAGAUUGAGCGCCCUGAUCUGGAGGAGAUCGAUGAAGAGCUUCUGCGGGACGAUUGCACCCUGAGCGUCUCCCAGAAAGUGCAUAAGUUCAUCGACACAGCCGAGAAGCUAGCACCUAGCAUGCCCCAGAAAUCACCACGCUUGGUGGCCAACAUUGAGCGCCAUAUCUCGCGUCAGAGCGAGCCAGAACGAGAGUUGGACGAGGAAUCAGAACCAGAGCUGGAUCGGGACUCAGAUGUAGAGGAUGGAGACCAAACCAGCCACCAGGAGACCGAAGAGGAGGUCAGUCAAACUGUGACCAAAAAGCAAACCAUAAGGGAAUUCAAACAGCAAACAAAGGAAACCAAGGAUACACGAAGGGAAUCCAAGGAAGAGCCGGAAAAGGGACCCAAAAGAGUGCCCCAAAAAGAACCCCAAAUGAGACUCAAAGAAGAGCCUGCCAAGGUACCCAAAUAUCAAGCAAAGCUACCACAAAAAGUGUCACAAUGGGAGCCUAAAAAGCAACCUCAAAAAGAGCCCAAGACGCCUCAAAAAGAUUCCCUUUGGGAACCCAAGAAGCAACCCCUAACUAAGCUCAAAGAUGAACCUGACAAGUUGACUAAAAAAGAACCUAAGGUGCCACAAAAGGAACCCCAAAUGAAGCUCAAAGAGGAACCUGAAACCAGUAAGGCUCCACAAAAGGAACCACGCAGGGAUACCCCAGAACAUUCCGAAGAAGAACCAGAAUUCUCUCCUGAGGAAGAAUUUGAUGAUGAGCCUCUCCCAAUGACCAAGACACAUACGACAGCCAUCGAACUUAAGCGUCAGAAAGAAAUCCUCAACCGUCCAUCGGUCUUUGGCCAACGCAAUCCAGAACGCAAGCCCAGCGCUACGCCGUCACCAAAUAAGGUGAAUGGAAAUCGCGGUCGUCCAAGUCCUAGCACCAGCUUGAUAACUGAAGAGAAAAGAUCGUACAAGAAUCAGGUGACCAAUGUGAACAAGCCGGGCUCUAGAAAAAACACUCCUUUGGCCAUUUCAACUGUCCACUCGCCGUCAAAUAAGACAACGAGCAUUUCCAAACGUAUGGAGCAAAUCAGUCAGCAGUCAUGGGUAGUCCAAGAUGUGGAUGUGGACGUAGAGGUGGUGGGACCGGCACCACCUUCUCACAUCAGCGAGAAGCCACAAGGAAAAAGCCCAUCCCCAACGUCAUCACGAUCGCCAUCGCGAUCUCCCUCCCGAUCGCCUAGUAGACGCACCUCUACCAAUUUGAGCACGACCACUACCACCACCACCACCACCACUGAGCACCGCCACCCGAACACCACCAAAUCAACCACUCCCAAACCGACUCCAACUAACCCUACCAAAGACGAACCCGAAAUCACACCCAUUGAAUCCGUUACAGAAAAAAGCAUCACCACCACUUACACGACGAACACCACUGGUCGAAAUACGGCUAGCCGCAGAAAUGUAUUUGAGCCAAUGCCAGCCCAGGAGACUCCAGUGGAUUCCGAGCCCACUGGACGACGUCCCUCGUACAUGGAUCACACGAAGAGCUCACUAGAGCACAUUCGACGCGAUUCGCUGGAGAUUAACAAGAGCCACUAUUCCAGAAAGUCCUCCGUGGAGGAUGAUUCUCCGGCAGAGCCACGCAAUCCCAACACAUCCGUAAAGUUCGAUGUGCCCAGGAAGACACCGUCGCGGGGUGGCGAAGAGCCAAGGAAGAGCUCCCUAAAAGGCAAAGAUGAGGACUCCGACUUGGAACUGGAGAUCGAGGAGAUCUUCGAUCUACAGCGACUGGAGAAACUCUUGGAAACAGUGGCAAGCUAUGAAAUGCGUCGUCGCAUUCGCGCCCAGAUGCGUCUCAUUCGCAAGAACAUGAUCAAUGCGGGUACGACAACCACCAUCACAACAAUAACCACUACCACAAGUCCCGGAAAAGGUUCUCCGCUACCCAAGAAACGCGAGCAGAGUCCUGUGGGCAGUCCUGAAGCAAAGACCACUGGCAGUAGCCUCAAGGAAGUGCGUACCACCACGAGUCGCCGUCGAGUGGAGCAGGUGGACAGCGCCACCACAGCCGCAGCAGGAAAAACCUCACCGCACGGCAAGCCGCCAGUAAAGCCAAGGGAAAGGAGUGCGAGUCCCGCCCAGAAACGGCGCAAUAGUCCACCGGGAAAGCAAUCUCCCGGAGAGAGAAGCACCACCACAACCACCAAGGUCACCACUAGUGGCACCACUCGCGGUGCUCCGAGCAAACUCGCUCAAGGACCCAUUUGGGCAGAUCGCUCUAAAGUGCUAAAGGGUCAUGCAACCGUUCCACAACAAACAAAUGGAAGUACUUCACGUAAAGGGUCCACCUCUAGCACCACUUCGAGCAGUGGAAGGAUUACUCGCACAUUGACCAGCUCCAGCACUACCACCACUAGCUCCAGUAGCACCACGAACGCACGCAACAAGCAGCGCGAAGAGGACUCGAUCACCUCCAGUUAUGGAGUGGGACCCACGGACGAGAACGGAUUGCCCCUAUUCGGAAUUCGGGCGCUUAAGAAGAAAGUCACGCCACCGGUAGAGGAACCAUGUGAGACCAAGCAAGAAAUCACAGGCUAUGUGAUCGAGGAACAGUUCUACUCGGAUAACAAGUCCCCGCCUCGUCACGAGCGCAAGGAGCUAAUCUACUCCAGCAAUGCUGACGAACUGGCUGCAAUUAAGCAGCAACUUCACGAUGAGGACGAUAGCUCACCUCCGGAAUUGGAUGCCCGUGUGGUGCGUGAGUUCAAAAAGGUGGUAGCGCAGCAAUCGCUACCGGAUGAUGCCAGAUAUGUGCGUCGAGGAUCGGUUAAGGAGCUCAGCGAGAAGUUCAUACGCAAAGAGUCCUCUUCAUCCACCCACUCGACCCAUUCGUCGACCGCCCAAUCCGUGAUGAGGCAUGAGGAUGAGACCGAGGAGGAUAGCGAGUCCAACGAAGUGUGCAGUGUGAUCGAGGCACCUCAGAUGCGUCAGAAUCAGAGCCACACCAGUAGUACCACUCGAUCGAGCAACACAAGAUCGUUCCUUAACAGCAGUGCCGAUCAGCGUCAGGUGACAAGUGUGGACGAUGUCCUCGAACGUAUGCGAAAUGCGGAUAAUGUGGAGGAGCCCGGAGAUACAAGCGAGGAUCGCGAGGCCCGUGCUCUGCUCAAUAAAUUCCUGGGCGCCAGUGUCAUUAUGCAGGGUGUGGAAAGCAUGCUGCCGCCCACUGCCACGGGACAGCGUCUAAACAGUCAAGGGGUAAAGCCCACGCGGAUAACCAACACGUACAGCAAAUCCGGCAAUAGCACCACCAACAAGGUCAGCAGCUCCUCAGCACCAGUUACACGCACAACUUGUGACAUCGAGGAGAUUUGGGACGAGCAAAUCCUCAAGCAAUUGCUGGAACAGGCGUCCACCUACGAGGAGCGUCGCAAAAUCCGUGCACGUCUACGCGAACUUAUGGCGGAACGCGAAGAGCAAAAGAAUUUGAAGCAGGCGCCGAAGCAGGAGAAGAAGGAGGAAGAGGAAAGCAGCGCCAGCGAGUAUGAGGAGAUCAUCGAGGAGGUGACCGACUACAGCGACGAGGAGGAGGAGGACGAGACGGCAGUGCCGGCAAAAAGCGAGGAUCCCAAAAAGGAGGUCACCAAAAAGGAGGUGACCAAAAAGGAGGUCACCAAACAGGCAGAGGUCAAACAGAGCGCUGUUCAAAAGGUUGAAAAGACGGAGACCAAGACCAAGACCACUACCAGCCAAGUCACCGAAAGUGUUAGCAAAAAGCUGGCCCAAGUGGAGCUGGCCAGCUCCUCGACCACAGACGGCGUUCAGGUGCAGCAGGGUGAGUCCCUGCCAGCGGCAACAACAGCAGCGAAAGCAGGAGGACCAGGCACCAGCAGCAGCAACAGCAGUAGCAUAGGUAGUAGGAAACCCAGUAGUCUUAGCAGUAGUCAGGUUAGCACAGUGGUUAGGGCCAGGGACAAAGCCAAGUCGGAUACAAUGCCAGUCACGGGAUCUGGAGCAGGAGCAGGAGCGGGAGCAGGAGCGGGAGCAGGAGCGGGAGCAGGAGCUGCAGCGGGAGCAGCCAGCAUAGCCAGCACAGCCAGCCGCUUGAGCGUGCCUUCGAAAGAGGAUUCUGGCACGGAAAGUGGUGAGGAUUUGCGUCUGCUAGCCGCCGGAUUGCGUGACACCUUGCAGCAGCGCAGUGGUAGCGAUGCCAGUGAAGCGAAUCGCAGCCUGGUCGAGGAAGUGACCGAUGCCCUCAGCCGCCUGGAGAGCAGCCUGAAACAGGGCAAGGAACUAGCCGUUGAUGGGGGCCAACGGCAGGCUCUGCUCGGCCUGGUGGCUCGCCUCCAGAGUGGACUCAGUGCGCCCGAGAAAUUGGCGGACGAUCAGCGGCGGGUGGGGGAGGAUCGCCAAAAUGACGCUGAUGCUGGCAGUCCGGAACCGGAAACGGAUAGCCGGCAGUCCCGAUUUGCCAAGCGACGCCAGCGCAACAGUCGUCACACCGUUGGCGUGAGUCGAGAGGAACUGGCGGAUGCGCGACGCUACAUGGAGGACAUGCUAAUCCUGGAGGGCAAGGACUUUGCCCUCACCAAGACCCCAAGUUCGAGUGCAGUGCCAGUGCAACUCUACCGACCCAAUCAAUUUGUGGCCCAACCUCCGCAGCAGCAGCAUCAGCAGUCAGUCAUUAUACCACCCAAUGUGGCCAAUGCGCCCGUAAAUCCCACCCAGAAUCAAUCUCAAUUGAGACCUAAUUCCAACACCAACCGACGUCCACUUUCCGGUGAUUAUGCCGUGAGCUUUGCCAGCUAUGAGGCGAACCAGAAUUCACAGAACUCAAGUCCGGAGGGCAACGGGAAUUCCCCCAGCAAUUCGCAAUCCAAUUCGAACUCCAGUUCGAAUUCCAGUCGAUUUGGUGGCGGCAAAAAACACUUGAUGAAGCGAGCCAACACCAUUGAUAUACCCAAGGCUAAGGCCAAGUACAUGGCGGACUGUGAUUCGGAUUCGGAUCUGGAGGAUGAUCAUGGUCCGCAUUUGGGUUUGAAAAGGGCGGUGCAGGUGAGCGUAAAGCGACGCGUUCACAACGCGGUGCCGCCGUUUGAGCCAAAAACCGAGAACGAUCACAAGUUUUUGGCCUUCAUCAACAAGCAGAGUCAUCAGACUGGCUUGGGUUGGGGUGGCGGCGGUGGACGAAGUGUCUCGAACUGGACCCACAAGUUUGGCAACAUCAAGCACACCUUUGAGACAGGGGCUGCGGCCACGGUGACCAAGGGUAAGCCGCCACCAGUGCCCGGUCAUGUGCCCGGAUGGGCCAAGCAGGAGCAGCUGCAUCAUCAGCAAUUGCAGCGAGAGCAAAUGCAGCGAGAGCAGAUGCAACGAGAACAGUAUGAGAGGGAGCAACGGCAGCGUGAGCAUAGGGAGCUAAGUCAGAGGGAUCUGAAGCAGAUACAGCGAGAGCAACAGCAACGGGAACAAUACCAGAGGGAGCAAGGCCAGCGAGACCAGAACCAACGAGAGCUCUCCAAGCGAGAACAAUUCCAGCGAGAGCAGCUCCAGCGUGAGCAACUCCAGCGCGAGCAGUUGCAGCGAGAGAAACUACAGCGCGAGCAACUGCAACGAGAACAACACCAGCGAGAGCAACUCCAGCGAGAGCAACUCCAGCGCGAGCAACUUCAACGAGAGCAACUGCAGCGCGAGCAAUUGCAACGCGAUCAACUCCAGCUCCAGCAGCAACAACAAGCUGCUGCCGCAGUGCAAAUCGAGCGGCAACGUCGCCAGGAAUUAGAACGACAGCUACGACUCGAACAGGAGGCGCGAUAUGAACGAGAGGAGCGAACUCGCCUUGAACGGGAAUACUACGAGCAGCAAUUGCAGCGACAACAGGCCGAAAGGCAACAGCAAUUGGACAGGCAACGCCAGCAACAGGAGCAACUGGAACGCCAGAGACGGCAGGAAAUGGAAUUGCGACUUCAGCAACAGCGUGAACAGGCCGCACAAGUCAACAACUUUAUACACGCUCCCCAGUCCGUCUUUCGUCCCAUCGAAAAUGAGCCGCAACCGCAGCCGGGUAUUUACAAGCCCGUUGCCCAGAAAUCACAACCCAAUCCGGCCAUUUGGAAGCCACCCACGCAACAGCCACCGCAAUCACAGCAACAUUUGCAGGCCAGAUCGGCCACGUCGUAUAGCAAUACACCAUCGCCAUCUUCAACGGCCACUUCACCCAUCGGUUUGCCCUGGGUGGCUAAGCCCAAGGUGGAUAACAGUGAUUUUCGACGGAAAGCGCACCAUUUCGAAGAAAGAUCUUUAAGGGAUAAUCUCGAGCAACAGCAGCAGCAACCAUCCUAUCCCAAUGGCAAUCCAGGUUAUCUACAGCGACACAAUUCCCUGCGUUCCAAGGCACCAGCGUUAAGUGAGUUCAAGAAGAGACCAUCGCUGCCAAAUGCCAUGGAACCGGAUACAGUUGCACCACCCAGACAGGUGUAUCAAGCUCCACCGCCACCCACAAAUAUAUCAUUUACGUACGCUGAUUUUCCGCCAGUGAGACGUCAACAAGGCGGCAAUGCUCACAACUACAGGAGUCAACCUUGCCUUACAAGUGCUGUGGAGCAGGCCGACGCGUUGACCAAUCCUCUGGCAGCGCCUCUUGUACUCACCAGCUCAAAUCCCACCUAUCUGCCCCCAGCUGGAAGCAGAAGAUUCGAUUUCAUAAGCAGUCCUAUCGAUGUGGACGUGGACAGUCCACCCAACAGCCCCACGAGCUUCAUGACCAUGCCCAAUCCCACUCUGAUGACGGAUAACACGGAUGAUGAUCUCGAUCUGGAUUCGGAUAACAACAUGCUAGAGUAUCGAGCCGAAACGAAGGUAAUGCGAAAGCCACGUAGUCAGACAGCUGUGAGAGUGGCGGACAGAAGAAACGCUCAUAUGAGUGAUGACGAGGUUUACGGUAAGAAUUCAAGGGCGGCCAAGUCCUUGCUGUACACGAUGAAACAGCUGGGAGGUGGUCCAGGUAAUCAACCUGUGGGCAAUAGCAACCAAAGAAGACAACCCUUGACGGCUCCCAGCUCGCCGAAAUCUGGUUGCCUUUCGCCCGAUGGUCGUCAGUACCAGGCACCUCUGGUGGAACCACUCUUCCCGCAAUUGAGCACAUUUGAAACCAAGCGACAGCCACAAUUUACCAAUUCACCAAUGUCCACAUCGCCUGCAGUCAGCAUGCCACAGAUAAAUUACCAAGCGAACCCCACCUAUACACCACCAAGAACCAAUCAGGAUGCCAACUCCUAUUUGGGUGAGACCCAUACCUCCUAUGUGGUCACCUAUCCCGUGGACGAUUCCGGCGAUGAACCCGAACAGGAAUCGAUGGCCAUGUCUGUGAGCCAGCGAUUGCGUCGCACUUCGGAGCACUCGAAUGCCAGUUCUUCGCUUUCAUUGGGCAGCACCAGUUGGACAGCGAAUCCGGUGCACCAUACAGUGCCCACGGUGGGUUCCAUGGGACCUCCAGUGGAUCGCAGCACCAAGCCGCAAAUGAGUCAGCAAACGGGACCAAAGAUGACUCAGCAGGCUCCCCAAAAGAAAUUGCCCCAGAUGCCUCAGCAGGUUCUUCAGCAGGUUCCUCAUCAGAUCCCUCAACAGAUUCCUCAACAGAUCCCUCAACAGAUUCCUCAUCAGAUCCCUCAACAGAUUCCUCAGCAGUUACCUAAGCAGUUGCCUCAAGAGCAGCUACCUAAGCAGUUGCCUCAACAGCAGCUACCCAAGCAGUUGCCUCAACAGCAGCUACCCAAGCAGUUGCCUCAACAGCAGCUACCUAACAAUGUAGCUAGACAUGCUCCCAGGUUAAGUUCGCGUAGUCACACCAUCCAGGGAGAUUCCGGCUACGAUAAUCGUCCCCUGCAGAAUCGUGUGAUGUCACAGCAAACUCUUAACUCCAGCAUUGUCAGCAGCAAGAACAGCACCACCGUUCAGAAACAGCAAAAGGAGCAGCACAUCAAUGAGCUGCGUCGCAAGAGUCUGGGCAAUGUCCUGGAGAGCAGCCAGAGAAGUACCUACUUUGAACAGGAGUACAAAUCGUCGGCACCGCCCGAUACGCCGGAUAUAGUUAAAUCUUCGCUGCCCAAGGAGGAUGCACCGCUGCUGAAGAAAUUUGGUCCACCACAACGUCAUCACUACAUGCCCAAUUCGUAUCAGAGUCCGCAGCUAAAUAAGCCGGGAAAUAGCAGUGCCAGUAGCAGUAGCACCACCACCACAAUAAGCAGCACCACAGUGGUGCAACAGCAACAUCAGCAUCAGCAAAUCAAGCCGAGCAUUGUGGAAACCCCGGCGACACCACAGCCACAUGUACCCCCCGAGGAUGAGAUACCGCACAACAUAGUGUUCAACAAUGUGAGCGCCUUUACCUCGAUGAGCAGGAGGAAUCACGAGGAGGAUUCGCACCAGGGAACACAAUCGGGAUCGCGGGUGAAUCGGCUGAGCAAGUGCGAUUCGUGGAACCAAAUCUGCCAGCUGCAACAGACGGCGGGUCCCAGUCCGGCGAAAUACAAUCAACCCGGAUCUCCCGGCGAACUGAGACGCUCCAAGUCCGGCCACUCGCUGGCUGUGCCGAAGCUCUACGAGGCGGGCAUCGACAAGGCCCAAGUCAGUGAGAAACAGCGAACGGUGGCUGCCUACUUCUCGGGUCAAAAGUCACCAACUGAGGUCACCACGGUGACCUCAACGACAUCGAGUCGAAAAUCGGCCAUCAAUCGCACCAAAACGAGUGAAAAACUCUCGGCGGCAGCUCGAAAAUCGCUUAGCUCGCUGACGACAUCGAAUGGUAAUGUUUCCACCGCCGGUCUGGGCUUAAUCCGUGCUGGUGGUGCACCCAUGAUGGGUGGUGGCCUCAGUCGCAGCGCCACCAUGCCGCAUAUCGCGAAUCUCAACCUGCUGGACGAGAGCAAUGUGGAGGAUGCCUUCGAGCAGCUAAUGAUGGCCCAGCACAAGAGCUCCUCCACCAGCGAACAGCGAACGGAAAGCAAGUCCAAGGAUGGCGGUGCCACUGUGACCACAACAACAACAAAGGUUACCACACGCACUGUCAGCGGUAGUGCUGCCUCUAAGAACAUCUCGCCCUUGGCCAAAUUUAAGCAGCUGGACAAGCAGGCAGCCGCCCAGCAGGCGCAAAAAUCAUCUCCAACAACAAGCACACCCACGACCCCCGGUGGUUCGGCACAACCGUUGUUCAAAUUUACCGAUCCGGCAUUAAAUGCGCGCGCCGCCACUGUCAAGGAUCAACUUCUACAGUGGUGUCAGCAUAAAACGCAGGAAUAUGAGAACGUCCAAAUAAGCAACUUUAGCUCGAGCUGGUCAGACGGCUUGGCCUUUUGUGCGCUGAUACACCAUUUCUUGCCAGAUGCAUUUGACUACACCACACUAACCAAGCAGACGAGACGACACAAUUUCGAGCUGGCCUUCAGCGUUGCUGAUGAGAAGGCUGGCAUUGCACCACUGUUGGAUGUGGAGGAUAUGGUGGAGAUGAGUCGCCCCGAUUGGAAGUGCGUCUUUGUCUACGUGCAGAGCAUAUAUCGCCGAUUCCGGAACUGUCAGUGAAUCCAUCGAAAGCAGUGACAGCAUCAGAAGCAACAGCAGCAGCAGCAGCAGCUGAAUAGUCCAAAUCCAGAUCCAAAUCCAAGUCAACUCUCAACAGCAACAGCAGCGACUCAUUAAAUUUUAAGUUUACACCACAUAUCCUCUUUGGCAUUUUGUGUUAACACACGCCACAUAGUACACCCCCUUAUGUAUCCCAUAAACCAAGAUCCUACGUCAUCCUGCGAAUAUCUAACUGUGUAAUCGGCAUAUGUAUAUUCUUUAACUGAAGCGCAAAGGGCUCGUCGAUUGUGAACAGCCGACUCUUUGUACGUUUUUUGUGUUUGUUUUACCCAUUUUUUACUAUUAUUACGAUUACGCAUUAUUAUUUGUUAUCGAACUUGAAGCAGAAACUAUGCAAUAAUUGUUGAUUUAUAUAUUUUUUUGUCAUAAUUUUAAUUGUGAAGAAAUGAAGCAGUGCAGUUACUAACCCUGCUGGCGGUCAUCGACAAUUGAUAAAGUAUUUAAGAUACGUCUCGAUGCCGUCGCUCACAUUGAUGAAUUACUGUAAUAAUAAACAUAUAUUAUAUGUACGUACGUGUAACGAGAACGAAAUAUUUACUAACCAAUGGCAUUGAAAAGGCCGCAAAGAAAUAAAAAAAAGCAAAUGAAACCCAA